GAGUCGAUUCUUGUCUUUAGCCAUCGCUAGCCGUGAUUAUCUAAACGUUUUCUUAUGUUAAAAUGAACGUUAAUGCCAGAGUUCUGAGUAAUAGAUUGGCACAGCAAUGUAGCCUUAAGCGGAUCGUCACAUUUUCCACAAAGCCGACGCAGCAGGCGGCAGCAGUUGCUGUACCCCAACAAAAGGAUGCAGCAAAUUCUGCCCCGGUUCGGAAACCCAUUGUGCCCGCCCAUUAUCGCUUUGUGUAUCCCGAGUUUCUGCCCGAUCCCAAGGUGGAAUGGCGCAAUACAGUGCGCGAGAAGCUGGAGCGUUUGGACAUGCUGGAUCGGCGGCGUCAAAUCGAGCUGCCUGAAUUCUAUGUGGGCUCCAUUCUUGCAGUGACCAGCUCGGAUCCCCAUGCCGCAGGCAAGAUCAGUCGCUUUGUGGGCAUUUGCAUACAUCGCGAACGCUGUGGCCUGCGUGCUCGCUUCAUUCUACGCAACGUGAUCGAUCACCAGGGCAUCGAGGUUGUCUACGAGUUGUACGAUCCCACCAUACAGAAAGUGGAGGUGUUGCGUCUAGAGAAGCGUGUGGAUGAUAGCUUGUUCUAUUUGCGUGAUGCACUGCCCGAGUUCAGUACAUUUGACGAGCAGAUGGAGCCAGAGACUCUGGAGGAAGGCACUCCAGUGCCAAUUAACGACAUUAAAGUUGUGCUCCGUCCACGUCCCUGGCUGGAGCGUUGGGAGCGUCAAAAUCUGCUCGGCGUGGCCAAUAUUGAUCAGUACAUAAAGGACAAGCAUCGCAAGUCUGCCGAAAAAGUGCAGAAGCCGUGGGAGAAAUACGAUAUGAUGAAACAUUAUCGCGCAACAAUACCCGAGGAGGAGCAAAAGGAAAUCUUUGCCGAGGUGCACACGGAAUUGCACACUCUGGAGCUGCAGCGCAAGCGGAACAAACGGAAACGCUCAUUCGUCAAACCCAAGCAGCUGGCGUAGAGGCACCAAAUCAAAGCAUUUGUUAUUCUAACUUGUAGUUAAAUAAAACCAAACAAAAAAGAUAGAAAAGAAAAUUCGAUUUUCAAAUGGAAAGUUA